GCGGGCCCUAGAAGGCCAGUCUCGGUCUUGCCCAAUCAGAAGGUGGCGCUUGUUUCCUUCGCUGCUAUCGGAGUUCCUGCUCCCUUGCGAUGCGGCUCAUCUGCGAGCAGAUAACUAACAGAAGUAUGAAAAGUAUGUUUCCCCCAUCAGCACAAUAACAUUCUAGUUUCCCCUUCAUGUGCUGGGGAAGCUGAUACAUGCUGCAUACAGAAAAAGGAAGCUGGUAACUGGUGAAGGGUGGAAGGUCAAGAUCCUGUCAACUGUGCUGGAGAAGACAUGGCUCUGACUGUUGAAACAGAAUCUCGAAUAUACCACUCUCUCAGAGCUGUCUUUGGUGCUACUGCGCACCUUGUCUCACUUGGAUUUACCAUCUUCGUAGCUGUGAUGGCUAGACCUGGAUCAAGCUUGUUCUCCUGGCAUCCUUUCUUAAUGUCUCUUGCGUUUUCUUUCCUGAUGACAGAAGCCCUGCUGACUUUCUCUCCAGAGAGCUCCCUCCUCCAGUCCUUCUCCCGGAAGGCCAAGGUCCGCUUCCAUUGGGCUUUACAGUUGCUCUCACUCAUCUGUGCAGUGUUGGGCUUGGCCAUCAUCAGCUAUAACAAGUACCUCAAGGGGAAAGACCAUUUUGUCACCUGGCACGGUUUGACUGGCUUGAUGACUGUGCUGUAUGCUAGCAUGCAGUGCAUGGGGGGCCUUGCUCUGCUCUACCCCAAGCUGAUGAAGAACUGGACACUGAGCAAACUCAAGCUUUACCACGCCACAUCAGGGCUGAUCGGUUACAUUCUUGGCUGUGCCAGUUUGAUGCUGGGUAUGUGUUCCUUGUGGUUUACCAUAACUGUAACUGGAGUCUCCUGGUAUCUGUCCAUGCUGUGUCCUAUCCUCACCAGCCUGGUUAUCAUGAACCAAGUGAGCAAUGCCUACCUCUAUCGCAAAAGAAUCCAGCCUUGAAAGCCAUCCUGAAACAGACAGCUUGUGGGAUCUCUGAAGAAUUCCUGCAUUGUCAGUAAGGAGUCAGGUGGGCUUACAAGGCAGUGGGACUGAAGAAUCUCUUUCUACUUGCCUAUAGCACCAUAUGGUAUUUUAUGUAAUUUCUGACUUUUCCCUGUUAAAAUCCCGGAGAUGCCCAUCCUAUUGAACCAGCUUCCUUUUGGUGCCAGAGUGUCCAUGUAGCAUUUUUCUCUUCUCUGUCAAAAUACCUCUGGAAAUAUGGCCAGUGCUGAGUAAGUAGCCCAGUUGCACUCUGCUGGUGCCUCCCUGUGAAAGAACACCCAAGUAUUGCUUAGGUCGUUCUUGAUUCAGGUAGCUGCUGAAAUCCUUCUUGCAUACAGACACACACACCUCGGCUGUUUUAAUAUCCUUUCUCUUGGUAAACUGUUUGGGGUUCAGAUGUCUUGGUUUGGGUAUCAAAUAGAACCUUUUAACACUCUGAAUAAGGGAAGGGCUGAUCUCUCUCUUACACAGUUUUAAAAGCCUGAGUUUCUGUCUAAAAAAAAUCUGUCCUGACUGUGCAGUGCUCUAAGCUGUAUUAGAAAUGACAAGGUAAUGUGAGCUAGGCAGGGUCUAAACAUAUUACGUGCUUUAAAAACAAAGCUGCCUUGUAUGGAGACUCUACAAUCAGAAAGUGGCAGGGGAGGAUAGAGGGCCUAACACGUCUCAUUUUUUAAUGCUCAAGAACACCAGACCACCCCUGUCUAGCGUUUUCUCCCCAGCAGGAUUUCAAAGUGCAUAUUAGCAUGUAAGUGUGUAUUAUUACUACGGCUGCUUUAUCUGUUCAUAGCCUUGUAGCUGAAGCUCUCAGGGGGAUUUACACAAACAGUUUAAAAACCAAACCUGAUCAACUGUAUGUGUUAGACUGGCUAAGCAACUUCACUUCCUGAAAUUGUGAAGUGGCUCAGAUGUGGAUCAAUUAGCCAUUGGCGUUUUCCAGUGACAAUUUGAUGUGAAGAGAUGGUGAUUGACAUGUAGAGCAUAUUGUACAACCUGUCUUAGAUCUAGACAAACAUUAGGAUAUACUUGCCAUUUCCUUCCACUGUUACAAUAUUCUGAGGGCUGCAACUCCUCCUUCACUACCCCACCUUCUCUCCUGUGUUUUUUUUACUCUUAGAAGUCCUGUCAUUCCAUGUCUGCACCACUCAGUUCAAUGUGGCUCAGUCCCCUGCUACUCUGGACUGCUUUGCAUGCUUGUUUACCUGUGCGUGCCUUGUGUUUGUGUGGAAGUAGGGAAAAAGGAAGAAAUUGCCACUGUGUCCUCUCUUCUAUUGCUACUCUGACCCUCAGUAGUCACUGUGGCCCUUUCUUUGGUCAGCUGCUAUAACAGCAGCCAUCUUGAAAGCAACUGCUGCCUAGAGAAUAACAGGCAAACAUUGAGGACCAGGAAGAAGAGGGGCAGCACAGUGAUGGAUUCUCCUCCUCUUCCCUGGUGGAAACAGUGUAAGGCAGGGAAAAGUUACAUGAGCAUAUGGCACGCUGAACUUGAGAAAGGCUUUCAAGAAUAGGGUAUAGCAGAGUCUCUGUUCCCUUCUUUACACUUCUUUAAACUUCUGGGUUCCUCUUUUCAGGUUGACACAUGCACUGUUCAUGGGAAAGCUUCACGGACAAAAGCACAAUGCUAUGUAAGCUUAGGGAUUUCUCUUUGAACUUCUGGCCUAGUGGUAUAGGUUCUCAUAAUCUUCUGUCCUAUACCUGGAAUGGUAUACCGCAAGACCACAUGAUUACCUGAAACUAUUCCUGAUAGAGGGACGUUACAGCCUGGCAAAUGUAUUUAUGCCUUCUCAAGGUGGAGAAGAAACCUGCUCAGUCCUUUCCCUUCUAGGUGUACAGAAUUUCCAUUCACUCUUACGUUAUGGUAGAUGAAUAGUAGCUUCAUUUUAUGGAUAGGUAAGCAAAAGGGGGCUCUGAUGUCCAAAGGUUUCCCACUGAUCCAACCACAGAGGUUAGAAUAGCAUCUGCAUGGCUGUCUUCUUUUGUAGCUUUUAGACCGAAACUACUAGCAUUUGAUUUCUCAUGAGUCACACUAUUUAACAGAGAUGAUCCUGCGAACAGGAACAUGGAAGCAGAGCACUGAAAUACAGAUAAGCGCUCUUCUUUUUUCAGACUUGGCACUGUUUGCUGAUACAUGACAAGUUCUGCAGAAAUGUAACGUGUCAUCAACACUUGUGUUGUUCUGCGUACAAUCUCUGCGUGGAAAUGUUUUCUACACUGGAAUAUUGAGGCACUCAGAAAAGCUUCUAGAUGCUUUGGGGCUGAUGGUACUUAAUCUCUUGCAGUUCCAAGGCAAGGAUAAAACCCAGUUGCUUUUUUAACAUUAGCUAACAGCUGACUUCCAGAUUUGAUUUGCUUGCAGCAUGUUAAAGUGGGUUCAGCCAAAGUGCACACAAAGGUUCCCACCAGCUGUGGGACUAAUUCAAGGAAAAGAGUCUUUGUUUUGCUGUCUAGGAAGAAGAGAGAACGACUGCCUUAGCAAAGAACAAGAAAAUGGGCAAAGCUGAGCCCCUUGUUUAAUGGGAUUGGAAAAAGCACCAUGGUUGCAAGGAGAUAAGACCCGGGCUCUGACCUAGAUGAAGUUAAUCAUGACUGUAUCUCUUUGUAACCUAUGAAAGAAUGUGACUAAUUAAAGUCCCAUCGUUUUCAGCUUCUAGUGGUAUGUACCUUAGAUGUCCUGUGCAGCAUCAUUUACUUCAACAUAAGAGUUUGCCAUAAUGUAUUAUGUAAAAAUGCUACAUUUUUAUGGACUAGAGUACCUGGUUAUCUUUUCUAUGGAGCCCAUGGUCCCCACCUUUUCUUGUGUCUAUGUGAUACCAGUCCUUUCAAUGACAACUGCGACAGGCAUUAUGUCAGCAGGACUGCUUCAUUUUCACCAGUUACAUGGAUUGAUUUGGCUGAAAUAUAUAUUGCUGUUACUUGCUGACACCAAGCGGUCUGCCAAAUCUGAAACAGCACCAACAAAGAUCGUUGUUUGCACUGGACUGUUUGUGACGAGUAUAUCUGCCAGGCAGGUGUACCCAUCAAUGAGCUUGAUCAAAGAAAGGUAAUCAAGAGUGCUCUAUUAAAUAAAGCUUUUGAACACCUGUA